AUGCAAGUGCAGGAGAGCCCCCACGAGCAUCAGCAGAGCUUGCUGCUAUCGCGCAUCAUCACAAACGUCGAAAAACUAAACGAAGCAAUCGUUGUCAUGAACAAGAGCCUUCAGGAGAUCAACGUCCAGAACAUGAAUGUCGAGCUCGUCGCCCAGAUGUUCAAGAACUAUCAAUCCAACGUCCUCUUUCAUCUAGAAGCGACGGACAACCUCAAGCCUCCUUCAUAA